CUCUCACUUAUCUAUCGUAAGCUCGAGCUGUCCGCGUGCACUCAGUCUUUGCCAUUUAGUUACGGAGUGCGUGCCGCACAAGAGCAGUGGCUGAGGGCGUCAACGGACGAAAAGAAUAAGAGCAGAAAGGUUUGAGGGUCACCCGUUCGCGUGGAAACUGAAGACUUGCUGUCAUUGUUGCCGGUCAUCUAUACCUUGACUUUUUUCGAUUGCCUUUGACAUCCGUCUUGAUCAAUCGGGGACCCCUCUAAACCCCUCUAUCUGCCGGACAGAAAUGCGAGAGGAGAGCGUACAAGAGCCGGGGAGAGUGCAGGAGAUAAUGCAUCAGGCUGCUCCAGACACCGGGGCUUAUCCCCCCUUUUCCCUGCUAGAUUGUGUGGAAUGAAGGUUUCAAGUGGGUAAAGCAUAGCGCAGAAUUAGAGAUCAUGUCGGUGCCUUUGCUGAAGAUCGGAGUGGUGCUCAGCACUAUGGCAAUGAUCACCAACUGGAUGUCCCAGACGCUGCCCUCACUAGUCGGGCUCAAUACCACCAAGCUCACCGCUGCGCAGGGAGGCUACCCGGACAGGAGUACUGGAGUUUUGCCAGCGAACCCGGAGGAGUCCUGGCAGGUGUACAGCUCGGCUCAGGACAGCGAGGGCAGGUGUGUGUGUACGGUGGUGGCUCCUCAGCAGACCAUGUGCUCCCGAGACGCUCGCACCAAGCAGCUUCGCCAGCUCCUGGAGAAGGUCCAGAACAUGACCCAGUCCAUCCAGGUCCUGGACCAGCGGACGCAGAGAGACCUGCAGUACGUGGUGAAGAUGGAGGACCAGCUCCGAGGUCUGGAGACCAAGUUCAAACAGGUGGAGGAGAACCACAAGCAGAACAUCGCCAAGCAAUAUAAGGCCAUAAAGGCGAAAAUGGCGGAGCUUAGGCCUCUGAUACCGGUGUUGGAGGAGUACAAGGCGGAUGCCAAAUUGGUUUUGCAGUUUAAGGAGGAGGUGCAGAACCUGACGGCAGUUCUGAGCGAGCUGCAGCAGGAGCUGGGUGCCUAUGACUACGACGAGCUGCACACCCGAGUCAAUAACCUAGAGGAGAGGCUGCGAGCCUGCAUGCAGAAAUUAGCGUGUGGUAAGCUGACGGGUAUUAGCGAUCCCAUCACCAUUAAGACCUCCGGCUCUCGUUUCGGCUCCUGGAUGACCGACCCACUGGCUCCUGAGGGAGACACCAGAGUGUGGUACAUGGACGGCUACCACAACAACCGCUUCGUGCGCGAGUAUCACUCCAUGGCCGACUUCAUGAGCACGGACAACUUCACGUCGCACCGGCUGCCCCACCCGUGGUCGGGCACGGGCCAGGUGGUGUACAACGGCUCCAUCUACUUCAACAAGUUCCAGAGCCACGUCAUCAUCAAGUUCGACUUCCGCACCUCCAGCAUCAGCAAGUCGCAGCGGCUGGACAACGCCGGCUUCAGCAACUCCUACCACUACGCCUGGGGCGGCCACUCCGACAUCGACCUGAUGGUGGACGAGGGCGGCCUGUGGGCCGUCUACGCCACCAACCAGAACGCCGGCAACAUCGUCAUCAGCAAGCUGAACCCCACCACGCUGCAGAUCACGCGCACCUGGAGCACCAACCACCCCAAGCGCAGCGCGGGCGAGGCCUUCAUGAUCUGCGGCACGCUCUACGUCACCAACGGCUACUCGGGCGGCACCAAGGUCUACUACGCCUUCCACACCAACUCCUCCACCUACGAGUACAUCGACAUCGCCUUCCAGAACAAGUACUCGCACAUCUCCAUGCUGGACUACAACCCGCGCGACCGCGCCCUCUACGCCUGGAACAACGGGCACCAGGUGCUCUACAACGUCACGCUCUUCCACGUCAUUCGCUCCGAGGAGCUGUAACCGUGGCGAUCGCGGGCGACGGGGCAGACGUGCAGACGCACAGACUUUUAACGGAGGAGCGACUUACGCUCCUCUGCAGCGGAGGACUGAGUACCUGGAGAAAAGUUGUGGAAUGUCAAUGAACAGACUCUCUGAAGGAGUAUGGGGUAAUAUGUGCGUAUGUCAACAAGUGUGUGUGUGUGUGUGGCAUUAAGCAUUCGUGGGACGCAUGAUACAUAAAUGUGGAUUAUCGUGGUAUUGACACCGUUUUUCGCUGAAGACACGGGACAGAGAUAUGAACGGUUUGCCAACCAAAAAGAAAAAAAUGAUAUCAUGUAUGUAAAGAGAACUAUGAAACAGCAAUUGAGCGAAGACUGACAAAAAAAAAAAAGUCAACAAACAGAUGCCAAAUAACGUUGCGCCUUUUUUCUACGACAUGAGAAUCAUUCCAUCGGCUUUGUUUCUGUUGUGACAAUCGCCUCUUCUUCGCACUCGGUGUGUGUAGCCCUGCAAUGUCAGACAACAGGACUGAGUACGGACAUUUAGCAAAGACUGACUGCUUCCUGUCCUUGUCUGGUUGCUAAAUGGCUCCCUCACUCACUCACACACACAAACACACACACACACACAUGCACAGACACACACACACACCAAUACCGCGCUAAUGAAGGGGAACAAGAACGGUGCUACACACAUACACACACACACUCACAAAAUCAAAGUCACCACUUACGACCAUAGUCUGUCUACACAAAGCCGUCUAAUAGUAUGGCAUAUCAAAAAUAUCUAGAGUUUAAAAAAUAAAAGAUGGUCUAUAAAAGAGUUUAAAAGAAUAUAAGAGUAUAAAAGAAUAUAAGAGAAGAGAGAGUAGAACUGGAGGCGCAGACUGUUUGUGUUCUUGUAAUGUUACACGUUAAAAAAAGGGUCUUCUGACCUUAAAUGUUGGAAAAGAAAAUGAUAUUUAAAAAAUCAAAAACAGCUUCAUUUUUGCAUGAACAUUUUCUACCACUUGACCUCUGCCAGUAGGAAUGCUUCUGUUGAUGUGAUGCUGUGAAUCCUAGUUAAUGGGGGCGCUGGGUUGGGGUGGGGCAAGGGCUGUGUGUUUCUGUUUUGGGGGAGGCAGUGGAGCCUUGGGGUGACCGGGUUUGUCUUUGGGGCUUACAAGACUUGUGGCUUGAAUUUUGUUCAUAUCUGUUCUUUAUGUUCGGUUCUUUCCUUGUCCUCUUCCUCCUCCUCUUUGUAUUCUUCCUCCUCUUCUCUCCUCUCCUCUCCUCUUCUCUCCUCCUCUGAGGGCCUUUCAUCCCCUGCCUGCUCCUUCUCUUUCUUCUUGAGUUUCUCUUCACCCGCUCUCUGUUGCUUCAGUUCACCAUCAUGGCUGAGGCAGAAUGUAUGACGAGUAGUGAGUCUGCCCUGGUCUGCCUAACAGUCUGACUUGUCACAGUAAGGGCAAGAAGGGAUGCCCUGUUCUACCAACCAUAGAUUGUAUGUAUAGAAUAUAUAGUAUAUAUUUAAUGGAUGACACACUGUUCAGGUCUAUAUAUACAGUCUAUGCUAUCAACAGACAAGACAAAGAAACGUUUCCCAUGUCUUAAAAGAAAAAUAUUUUUUUGCUCAAUCCAUACCCAAUCCAUACAUUGCCAAGGUCCUCCUACACUCUAGCACUGAUGCCAUUUGCGUCACCAGAUGAUCUUAACUGACACCUCAGAAAGGUGAAAAUGACCAGGGAGAUUGCUUCUCCGCUUGAUCUUCACAGUCGACGACUGGUCAGAAAAUGAGAGCCUUUACACUCCAGGCUGAUGGGAUCAUUUUGAGACCUUUGUGCUCUAAAAAUCUCGCCAGUCUGCUUUGUAAUGUAGCCUCUCUGGGAGGCUUGAGCUGUCUUAGGGAGCUCCACAUGACCUUAUGUAUUCCUUACGGAAGGCUGCGCACUCCCUGUUGGUGCAGUGUAGUUUCGAUCAGUCCUUUUGUGUCUUACAGCGUCUUGUGUAGCUCCCAUGAAAGGCUUCUGGAAGCUUCUGCAAUUCUCACACGAAUCUCAAAUGGCUUUGAAAUGCUAUGUGCGGUCUACAUUAGAAUUAUGAGAAUCUCAAGGGAGUUCAUUGAAGUCUUGUGUAGGCUCAAUUAGGUUUUUUUUCAGUAUUCUGAACCUCUUGCAUAUUCCUUAUGAGGGGCCUUUGCAGAUUUUCUUAUAGGUCUUCCACCAUCUUGUGGAGUAGAUCUUAUACAAGGCUAUUCGUGGCCUUUUGCAGUCCACCGUGGCCUGUGCCUGUAAGAUCCGGAUCAAUCCAGAUCUGGUCUUAUAAGGAACUGUCUGGUUCAAGUUCUGGUUCUGGCUCUUCCCUGAGAAGCCCUUUGCAAGAGACUCCAUCGGCCUGUGUGUGUAGUCACGUACUGUAGCAAAGGGUUCCGGCUUUUCACUCUGUCUGCGCUUUUGCUGGAUGUGUGUUAUCCCUGCCAUGAGUUUACGGUUCGUAUUAUUAAUAAACUGGGGAAUACUUAAGCUGAAA